AUCAGGUAGGCCUUUCCUGACCGGAUAUUUGUCCCACCCCCCACCCACAUCCCUUCCCUCGAUCAGCCUGGCCGGUGGGGUGUGGUUCUGUGGGGCAGUUCACGUUAUCUGAUCCCGUAGAAGAAAUGGGGCCUCUCCACCCUACAAUAUGAAAACCCGACAGAACAAAGACUCGAUGUCGAUGAGGAGCGGAAGGAAAAAGGAGAGCGUGGGCCCACGGGAGGAAAGGAGAGCGCGGGGCAGGGCUUCCCCCGGGGCGAUCAGCACAUCCAGCAGCGACAGCAAAUGUGAGAAGGGACGGCCACCUGCUAAGAAGGGUCGCAUGGAAGACUCUGUCCCGAAGAGCAGCAAACGUGAAAGGGUGAAAGAUUCCUCGGAGAGCGAAGGGGAAGCAGGGAAAACCCAGAAGAAAGCUAAGAUGGAGUCUCCAGAGGUUCCUCGUCCACCCCCUGAUGAGGAAAGCUUGGACGGACAGAGUGGUAAUGAAGAUGGUGGAAGUGAUCCAAGGGAUAUUGACCAGGACAACCGCAGCACUUCUCCGAGCCUGCAUAGUGGAGAUAGCGAGAGCGAUGCAUCUUCCAUUCCUUCGCCAAAAUCGUUUCCUUCCCUGUACAGGGGCCCUGGGUCUCCCCAACCGCCUGCUUCGCCGCUUUCUGAUGCCCCUGUCCUUCCACCACCCUCUCAGGCUUCUCAGCCACCUCCACAGACUGAACCACAGGCUUCAAGACCUUACCAGGCUCCUCAACUUCCACAGUUGUAUCCCAGCACCAGUGGGAUGGUCAAAGUUGGGCCUGCACCAGUCUCCCAAGCCAAACCUCCACCCACCACACCUAUAGCUGGACUUGGCUCUCCAAGGCCAUUGGCUUCUCCCACAGCCCCUGCUACUCUACCUACCAGCACUUCUACAACAGCCGCGUAUCCCCAUGUAUCUCACAACCUUCCACCACCCCCUGCCCUGCGGCCUCUUAAUGCCUCUCCCGGACUUCCAUCCCAAACGCCAGAGAAACAGGGCCAGCCUGUUCCUUCGUCUUCUUGUACACUUCGAUAUCCCCCUUACCCAGGACAAUACCCGUCUGGAUACCCGCAUCAGUACCCCGCGCAGGGAAAGUAUGGACAACCGCAGCCCGGUCCCCACCCUUCUUGGGGACAAGGUGGGCUCAGUUAUGGACGGAUUGAAGGAGCUUCCCGCUACCCUCAGCCUCCACCCCAAAAUGGACAAGUGGGUGGGGGGCAAAAUGUUAGUGGGGGUUUUAGUAACUCUCACCAUGGAAGUACCCGUGCUCCAUCCCCACAUAAUAACCACCCUCCACACCCAAUGCCCACAACAGGGGCUAUUCAGACUCCAGCAUCCCAGAGUAGUGUUAUGCACCCUCAUGGAGGGACCACUGGUGGACAAGGUCAACCUCCUAAUCAUAAUAUGAAUAAUUCCCAUCAUCCACACAUUCUACCAAACAGGGGGCGCUCCCCAACACCACAAAAUAACCAGCCACCAGGGGGUGCGCCUCAACCCAGCCAUCACCAACCCCAUGUUCUUCUGUCCCCUAGUUCACACCAUCAGAGCAGCACUCAGUUGCCCACACCCGGGACAGGGCCCAGUGGAGGCCAAUCACCAGCUCCCUCCAGUACCUCGCAUCUCCCAACCCAGUCGUCCUCUGCGGGGGGAAGUGUAGGCUACUCCUCUCAAGUGGAGCCCCCAAAUCCUCAGUCUUCUCAUUCCAUUUAUCAGCCUCACUCAUCUGCUUCAGUCUGCCAUUACCCCACAAAUUCUCAAGGGUAUGGUAACUACCCGUACCAAGGCUACAAAGGAGCUCCCCCUCAUCCAACCCCACCUUAUAAAAAUGCACCCCCACCCCCCUAUAAACCUGGAUCAUUUCCAGUCUCCACCCCUCCUCCAGUUCCCACCCAGAGCUUUAAAGACUCUUCACCUCCCACUUCUGUCACGGCUCCUCCUCAAGCUCCGGCUCCACCUCCUGCUCCUCCACCACCGGCACCGGCUCCCGUGCAGAUAAAACAGGAGCCACCAGAGGAAUGCGAACCAGAAGGCGAUAGCCCCGUUCCACCUCCCAACAGCCCUUCUCCUCCACCCAAACUCGUGGACACGCCAAGUCACGCCAGCCAGUCUGCCAGGUUUAACAAACACUUGGACCGAGGAUAUAACUCCUGCUGCCGGACAGAUCUGUACUUUGUGCCCCUGGAAGGCUCCAAACUUUCCAAGAAGAGAACAGAGCAGAUUGAGCGAGCGCGGCGGGAGAGCGAGCAGAGAGCACGGGAAGAGCGCGAGCGAGAGCGGGAGAGGGAGCGGGAGCGGGAGAUGGAGAGGAAUAUUAAACUGGACUCUCGCCCUCAUGAAUGCCCUCAGCUGUGCCCACAACCGCCUUCCCAUCACCCUUCCUUAGCGUUGCCCUCCCCAUCCUCUGCCCCCUCACGUCCUCCUCACUUCGAGCCACCGGGAGCCGUGGCAGCUGUGCCCCCUUACUUGGGUCCUGACACCCCAGCCCUUCGCACACUCAGCGAGUACGCUCGCCCCCACGUCCUCUCACCGGCCGGACGAGCACCCCAGCCCGGCCACCCCCCGCAUCACCCUUUUUACUUACCCCUUGGAGACCCGCUGCUUGCCUACAACCUGCCUGCCGUGUUCGCCAGCGACCCAACUCGUGCAGAACGAGAGCUGCGAGAGAGGCUGAAACCGGGAUAUGAAGUAAAACCUGGAGAGCUGGACCCGCUUCACCCCGCUACCCUGCCUCUUCCACCACCGCCGCAGCAUCACGCCCCUCCACCUCAACCACCCCCCUCAGCUGCCGGAGUAAAUCCUCAGAUGGGACUGCACCCGGCCUUCCCCUACCACCAUGGGCAGCACGCGCACCAACACGCCCUCGAAAGGGAGAGGCUGGCAUUGGGGGCUGCCGGCGCAGGUCCCGGGGCUGGACCAGGAGCAGGUGGAGCAGCUGGAGGUGCCCGAGGGGAACUUUCCUAUGCGGAGCGCCUUGCCGCAGAACGACAGCACGCUGAAAGAGUGGCGGCUUUGAGCGGAGAUCCACUGACCAGGCUUCAGAUGCUGAACGUGACCCCUCACCAUCAUCAGCACUCACACAUUCACUCACACCUACACCUGCACCAACAGGACGCCAUCCAUGCAGCUUCUGCCGCUGUACACCCAUUAAUGGAUCCCCUCACAUCAGGGUCCCACCUAACACGGAUCCCGUACCCGGCAUCCGCUCUGCCCAACCCGCUGAUCCCCCACCCUUUGCAUGACAGUGAUGUCCUCCGGCAGCAGAUAUUCGCCUCCCCCUACAGAGACCUCCCUGCCUCCCUGUCCGCCCCGCUCUCCGCCGCUCAUCAGCUGCAGGCCAUGCACGCGCAGUCCGCCGAGCUCCAGCGUCUGGCUCUGGAGCAGCAACACUGGCUGCAAACCCAUCAUCCCCUGCAGGGAGUGCCCCUCCCCGGGCAGGAGGACUACUACAGUCAUCUGAAGAAAGAAACUGACAAAACCCUGUAGUGAAGUCACAGGGUCGGAGGUCAUCUCGCAGCUUGCAGGCAUCUGACUGGACAAGGCAAGAUGACUUCAGUGCUUCUGAGAUAUGACCCUGGUCCUCGACGA